CGCAUCGUGUCUGAUUCGGACAACCAACAUUAUUAUGGUCGACUUUUCGCAACGUCGGUCAGAGCGUGACUCCAGCUACCACAGCACACUCCCUUCGUACAUUUUCCGGCCUUUGCUCAAGUUCAGAAGGCUGUCGAUAGUCAAAUUCGUUGCCGUUGGAAACUACCACCUUAAUGAUUGGUUCAUUGAGGGCGCCGGGGCUGCCUGGCCGGAUCUUCUUGAAUUGAAGUUCAUCCCAGCGGAACCUGUCACUUCUCAGGUCACAUUCACCGCCGUGCUCCCAUUGGUAUCAAGGUGCAGAUCGCUUCAUAGCCUACUGCCACUACAUCCAGCAUUCGAUGCCACACAUCUUCCGACGCUUCCUCAUGCACCACACGGAAACUGGGAGCUUUGGCGCGCGCACACAGCCCUCCGCGAGCUGCAUGUCGGAAACUCGAAGGCGGCGGAAGCGGCAGAUGUCUUUUUCCUCCUAGCUAAGGUGUUUCCGAACCUGGCUGAUCUCGCCUGGUGUGAAUCUCUCAAUCCGUCCGAUGUUACUGUGUGGAAAGAAAUAAUACGAUUGUGGAAUCAACAGGCGAAACUUUGGAAACCGGCUCGAAGUAUGGCAGCUUCCUUGUCAGACUUCCUACUGGAGCCGCCGUCGGAGGCAGAAGACUGGGUGGGGGAGGACGGUGACUGGCUUCAGGGAGAAUAGGAGGUCUUAAUGUGACUUCAUAUGUACUAGUGUGAUAUAGUAGCUGCAGCUGUUGUAUAUGUCUGCUCUGUAUGUGUAUUUUUCUGGUGUUGGUCAUUGAAUGCUGUGAAUAUUUGAAUCGUUGUUU